UUCCACACUUCAAUCCAUAUCGUUGUAGUCGAUCCGCUCACUCGGAGAGCCACAUUGGAUGUACAUACGUUUAUCUUUGCUACGUCAUCUUUUUAUUGAAAAUCUGUGAAAAUCUUACAAAAAUAGUAAAGAGCAGCGACUAUAUUAGCUUUAAGAUGAUUACCGAUGUACAAUUGGCAAUAUUCUGCAACAUCCUAGGAGUUGCGCUAUUUUUCUUAGUAUUCAUCUUCCACUAUAUAAAUGCGAAUUACACGAAAUGAAGAAUGGAGAACUGUGUCAUGCGAAAAAGUCUGCUUAAUGUAAUCUAACCUAUAUACGUUAUUGCAUCAAUUGCGAUUUGUAUGAUCUGUCACAUUUAAUCCAAUAAAGUAUCCAAUAUGUUAUUUUAUAACUUGAAAA